AUGCUUUGGAGCAGAUGGGCUUGCGAAGGCCCGACGCAGCGCGAUGCAGAAACGCUGUCAGGCACGCUCAGUCAGCGGACGCCGUUCGCAUCGCCCCGCAAGCUGGAGCGAGAAGCAUGGGGUGAAGCGGCGCCGGCUGAACCACGCGAUGCCACCCCAAGGUUCAUGCUCCCAGCUUCGCCUACGUUGCUGCCAGCUCCCGCCCGAGAGCCGCUAUGCUGGCAGGACGCCCGCCCGCCACGCGAGGCACCAGGCGCAUCGUGUUCUUGGCUGUUCGUGCCGCUCUUCCAUGCCGCUGCUGGCGCCCUGACGCAGGCAGCCACACACGAGUGGAAAUGCCAUCCCUACAUCGGCGUACGCUCUGCGGAGCUGGCAGGUGCGUUACGGCGAGCGCCCGCCGCGCAGCCUUCUACGAUUCUUCGCUUCUUCCUCGCCGAGCUUGCGUGCGUCGACCGCGACCCUGCCCACCGAGCGGCCGACGUCGCCUGCGCAGAAGCGCUGACCGCGUUGCCGGCCGCGCCUUUGCUUUUGGCGAUCGCAGUCGUCCGUUGUAUGGAUGUGCAAGGAUAUGUCCCCGCUGCAGCGCAAGUGGCCCUGCUCCAAAUAUACCGUGGCGCAGCCGUCGCUUCUGCGGCCCAAACGUUGGCGGAGGAUGCGCGGCGCGCUCGGAGCGUGCCAAGGACGGCUGAUGUUACAAUCUCGAUGGCCGCCACUCAGUCCCACUCUGCCCGGAUCGCGACCCUGGACAACGUCGACCUCGUUGACGAGUUGCGCCACCCAACCCCAACGCUGCAAGAUGCGGUCGGGCCGGAGGGGCAGGUGGUCCCGCAGCAAUGGCUAACAGGCCAGGCCUUGCAUGUGCUGCGAUGCCACCCUGGGCCGUGCAACAAGCAGUGGCGGGGACAGCGCUUGGCUGCGCGUGGCCCACUGCCUCGCCCACCAGCACGGCAGAUGCCCCGCCGCUUGAACGCGUGCUCGACGGCGCGGGUGCGGAGUCCUGUAGUCGGAUGCCGUUCAGGGCGUAGGAACCUGUAG